AUGCGGUCCUGCCUGCCUUCGCUUCGGCCGCCCGGCUCGCCAAAGAAGCAGAACCUCAACAUGCAAAACACAAACUCCUGCAUCGACAUGGAAGAUAACAGGCAAAUAUUGCCCAAGGAUAGACGGCAAAAGAUGUGGCAGGGUGUCUGCGGCAUCUUCUCCCUCGUCGUCAUUUACCUCAUCAGCGAACUGCUCAUCUGGGGACUGAGUCGAGCACUCGCACCCGCAAAACUCGAUUUUUUCUCUUCCGUCUUUGGAAUGCUACUUGUGUUUGUCAUCAUGAUGAUUGCAUGUGCAGUACUUCCAAACCUCGAUGGAUUUUACAAAAAGCACAUCAGAAGCAAGGUUGAUUUUAUCAAUCGCCACAUGGGUGCAGCUUUUGCAAUUCCCAUGGUGAUGCUCGGUGGCAACUACACAAUAAGUACCAAAACCAUUGGCUUGGUUGUUGGCGUUUUUGUGGCAACCUCACUCGUGGCAUGGACCACUACCUUUAUGCUGGCCAGACUCGCCCAUUUGGUCAUUACCAAAAUCAUUUCCCUGCUACCUCAAUCUGCCGAAUCGGGCCCUGCAGUGCCUGCGGCUCAACAGAACAGCAGUCAGGGUUCAGUCAUGUGCCAAAAUUCUGACCACUCCGACAACACCAAAGUCUCCGACACAGCCUCUCCGCGCCAGCCUCGAGCCUGGAACUGGCUUUGUCAGUUUUGGUCACUCAUUGCAUCUUUCAUCCUCAUGUUCGCCAUCGGCGUCCCCCUUGCCAUUGUUCUUGGCGAACCUCGCAUUCUCGACGGCUCCGCCCUGUGGUUCGUCUGGAUGGCUUCCGUCAUAUUGCAGCGGCUUAUGAAACAGCAGGUGAAGAGCUGCAUCAAACCACCCAGGGUUCUGCCAAUCUUGAUUACGCUGGCCAACCCGGUCUUGAUGACGAUCCUCCUCAUGACAGCCUACGCCCGCGCCAAGGCCUACGCCAUGUCGACCAACAUCUCCGACGUCUUACAAAGGCUCAGCAGUGGCACCCAGCUCUACACAAUAUGGACCUUGGGCAUCGAACAAAGCCCAACGGUCCAGAAUCGGUGGUUCGGGGCUGGAGACGCUGCCCUGUCCAUGCUUGGCUGCGGUUUCAUCGUUUGGGGCUUCAAGUUGUACGAAUGUCGACGCCAGCUGUUCAGCGCCUCGGGGCUCGUUACUAUCUUGGUUAGCGUUGCCGCAGCUGUCGGGAAUGUCUUCUUGGGCGCCCAUGCGGGAUUUCUCAUGGGCCUCCAGCGACCAGAGGCGCUCGCGUUCGCAGCCCGGAUGACCACUUUGGCACUUGCCAUCCCUGCCAUGAAGAACGUUGGAGGUAGCACGAGCCUUACUGUUGCGCUCAUGAUCACCAAUGGGAUUCUCGGCCAACUCGCCUACCCGUCGUCCCUCAACGGCGUAGAGUCGGGCCCCAAUCAUUUGAGGCGAAAGCCGUCGACUGACAGCUGUGACUCCACCGAGACGGGAGUCUCGAACGCCACCGCGUCGCAGACAGAGGACCAAGUGGACGGCGCCAACACAGUCGCUGCGGGCAUUACCAUUGGCAUCAAUGGCGCAGCCAUGGGUGUGGCUUACCUGUACGAGAACAAGUCGCGCUCCGCUCCGUACGCCGCCCUUGCUGUGACCACGUACGGUGUCGUGACGGUGGUAUUCAUCGCCGUGCACCCUUUCCGAGAUGCACUGCUGAGCUUAGUUUAG